UUGCAAACUUUUUCGUUAUACACGAGUGUCCUAAUUGAUCCAAUGAUAUAACUGUACGUAUCAGGCCUAACUGCUGAAGUACGAAUACCACCUCCCCACGAUAUAUGACCGGUGGAAAGAGACGUAAUUGUAAGUCAGAAACCAUCAUUGUGGAAUAGAUGAUCGAGUCUCCUGUUUCAUUGAAACGGAACGUCACCUGAAAUAAGUUCCACAAGAAUUUCUGGUGAGUGCUUCCCUGUCUUCUAAGUAGUCAUCGUGUCUGGCAAAAGUUUGAUCAUCAUCUUCCAAGGAAAUAAGGCAUGGAAGGAGUUUCCUUGGAAGGAGAAACCAUGGAAGCAGGACUACUGACUAUGUCCAAUGCCAAUGGAGAGUCCUCCUCGGUCACCAGCGUUGUUCUUCUGGGCACUUUGGUCGCCCUCUGUGCUUCGCUCUCUACUGGCUGUGCUAUAGGGUAUUCAUCAGCUGCAGAAUCUGGAAUUCUGGAAGACUUGGACCUUACGGUUGAAGCAUACACUGUAUUUGGUUCAAUAAUGACAGUUGGAGGAGUGAUUGGUUCAUUGGUAAAUGGGAAGAUAACAGAUCUCAUCGGUCGUAGAGGUACGAUGUGGUUCUCUGCAAUAUUCAGUUCUGCAGGGUGGUUUAGUAUAGCUUUUGCAAAGAAUGCUUGGUGGCUGGACAUUGGAAGAUUGUCAUUGGGAUUCAGUGUUGGUAUCAUUUACUAUGUGGUGCCUGUCUACAUAGCAGAAAUAACACCCAAGGAUCUUCGAGGAAGGUUCACUUCAGCUAACCAGCUGCUGAUUAGCUGUGGCUUUUCAUUGUUCUUUUUGAUUGGAAAUGCUAUACAUUGGCGCACCAUGGCUGUACUCGGUGUUAUUCCAUCCCUACUGCAAAUUGUAGGUUUAUUCUUCAUUCCAGAGUCUCCAAGGUGGCUGGCUAAAGUUGGUAGACAAACAGACCUUGAAGCUGUGCUGCAGCGUCUUAGAGGAAGGAAUGCUUCUGUUUCUCAAGAAGCAGCUGAUAUCAUGGAGUAUACAGAAAUGUUUCAGAAAAACUCAGGAAGAAUACUAGACUUGUUCCAGCGUAGAUAUACUCACUCACUGAUUGUUGGAGUUGGGCUAAUGUUACUACAGCAAUUUUCUGGGGUCAAUGCAGUAGCUUAUUAUGCAAGCAGUAUAUUUAUAGAUGCUGAUUUUUCAAGUACCAUUGGGACAGUAUCAUUGGCUAUUAUUGGGGUUCCAGCAAUUGCAUUGAGUGUGCUCUUAACAGAUAAAUGUGGAAGGCGACCACUUUUAAAUGUUUCUGCUGCUGGAAUGUGCUUGAGUUCAUUUCUUAUUGGCUUGGCUUUCUACUUCCAGGAUCACAACUUGUGUGAGGAGCUCACUCCCAUUUUUGUGUUUAUCGGCAUGAUGGUUUAUGGUGCAUCGUACUCAAUUGGUAUAGCUGGAUUGCCUUGGGUUAUUAUGUCAGAGACAUUCCCAGUAAACAUCAAAGGUUCAGCUGGGAGCCUGUUGAGUUUGGUAUAUUGGUCAUGUUCUUGGAUUAUAACAUAUACCUUCAACUAUGUGAUGGAAUGGAGCUCAGCAGGAACAUUUUUCUUCUUCUCAGCCAUUAGCAUUUUGACAAUUCUGUUCGUUACAAAGAUAGUGCCGGAAACUAAGGGGAGAAAUCUAGAAGAAUUACAAGCAUCAAUCUCCCAUUUUCAUUAAUAAGAUGACCUAUACAUAUUGUAUACUUGUAUGUUAUAAUGAUGAAGAAAACUCAGAAUGUAAAUGGUUUGUAAAACCAAAGAGAACAAAUGGCUCAUAUGCUUUUGUAAAUGAUUUGGAAGUGCGAAUUCCAAAUCGCCCUUAUAUAGCUAAGUAUCAUCCUCCAAAUUGUUCAGGUGAGGGUGUAAAUCUUCAUGUGGAUACUUGCUUCUGGAAAAGUAGUCAAUUACCAACAUCAAGACCAUAUCUUGUAAGGGUUAGCAUCGUGUGAUACAUAGUAUCAUGAAAUCAAGCAUAAUGAAACAAAUCAUGUUAAUUAACAAAUUGACAGGAGGUUAUACAAUCAAAUAAUUUGAUGUAUCCAACUCCAAGUUACUGUUUGUAACAUAUAUUCCCCUAGCUACUUUUCCUUACCAUCUUUGAGAAACUUGGAGACUUUCUAUCAGAA